CAAUGCCUCCACUUCGCCUUCGCUUGUAAUAACGCUGGUACUUACCGCUGUACAGGGGCUAAAUCAACUGACAGUGGACGCUUGGCAAGGGGGAGCGACUCGUUUGGGAAAAAGGGAAGCGAUGCCGAAAAAGGGGGACUGAAAGAGAGAGAGAGAGGACAGGGGAGAGGGUUAAAAAAAAAUACGUGUGGUCUUUAUUUGAAUCCAAAACGGUAGCAGACUUAAAAACGUCGGUGCAAUUGUUACGGAGAUAAACACGACGCUUCAUUACUGACUUCUCUCACACACACGUGAAUUGUCUUCUUGCCGUCUGAGCUGUUUCUCUGGUGGUGUUGUAAUGUUGUUGUUUUAAAGUGGAUUAGUUUCAGAGACACAAACUGUGAUUCUAUUGCUUUCGCGGAUCAUUGGAUAGCAUUCACAAUUCACUGGGAAUAUAGAUCUAGACUAGAUCCAGUAGAAACUGAACAGAUAAUUGAAUAGAACGCGGAAUACAAGUCUCUUCUCUCAGCUGAUCACAAGUGAUUUAACUUCCAGUUCUAGGAUUGAGAAGUUUGGAUCACAUUCAAGUCCGAUGCUGACGCAAUUGAACAGGUUCAAUUUAUCGGACUUGUCUCAAUUCAAUGAUUGUGAGGUUUUAGCAUAAAAUGUUAGCGGAGCCUGGCCACAAACAAUGCUUGCCUUGAAUAGGAUUAUACUUCUGUUGCCUGGAUGGAUUACUGUAGGAGUCACGCUGACUUUGGUGGCGUUUAGCUCAGGAAGCUGUCCCCAUGAUGUCAAGGGAACCGCCCACGAGUGUUUCACGGCGUACAGUUUUCAACUGACGAACAUGGUGAAUAGCGCCAACAAGCUUUGCUGUGGUAUGGACGUCGAGACAUUGAGAGCUUUUUGCGACUCUUACCGCAUGGCUGUCUCCUGCAUUCACCAUUUGAGAAGCACCUGUCACAGAGCCAGACACCUGGACAUAGACUCGGCCUCAGUUCACUUUGAGGACACCCGGCACGUGCUUCAUGAGCUCUGCUCGGACGACAGUUUAUUCGAAAACUAUGCAAUGCACCAAACCUGUCUGACUAAAGCCGGCCCUGUUUCCGAGCAAUGCUUCAACACACAUUUAGGACAUUUGGUUCACAGCAACCAAAAUUUCCGUUUCCUGACCAAAAUCAGUAACCAUCGACGGAAAGAACAAGUUUGUGUUGAUAUGUACAAUACAAUCACAUGUGUGAAGAGAAAUAUCAACAACACAUGUGGUCACCACGCGGCCAAACUGGCCAUCACGCUGGUCAAGCCUAUGGUCAGUGUUGGCGCUGAAUGCAACUAUACUGUGAUAGAGUCGCAGCAAAAGCAGACAACCAAAAAACCACACCACAGCCACAAUGCUCUCAUCAGCGACAAGCACACCAGCAGUCCAAAGGGCAAAGGCAACAGAGAUGCUGACAAUGCUGAGAACAAAACAAAUAGCUACCGCCCAAGUGUAAGUCUUGUUGCUGCCCUGAUACUGACAGCCUCACUUCAUCGACUGUUGCCCUUAUAGUACCAAAGAGUACUUUAUAUUAUUGCAAAAACUGGAUGCAUAUUUGUUUCAUAAAUAAAUAUUUGUGUAUUAUGUUUUUAUUUUACUAUAGAAAUUGUAAAACAUUUCAAUUCUAGGCCUACAAAUGUUUUAUUAAAAUAUCUAAUGGUAAAAAUUUCAUAAUAAAAAAAAAAUGUUUUCUUUUUUUCAAAUUUGACUAUUUUUUUAUUUGUUUAUUUUAUCAUAAAAAGAUUUUAUUUGUAAUUAAUAUGUAAAACAUUUGCCCGGAUGAUGUUAUAUAUGAUUGUAUAUAAUUAUACUAUUUUUUGGUUUUUAUUUUACUAUAGUAAAUAAUCAAACUGUAAUAAAAAUCUGUUGAAAGUGUCAUUUUAAACUGAAAUAUUUAUUUAAAAUAAUUGAUUAGUUCUAAAAUGAUAUUGCCAAAUGUACCUUCAUUGCAGAAAAAAAAAUGUCUUUUUUUUUUUUUUUUUUUUUUUUUUUUUUAAUGCUGAAAUAAAAAUGGACAUUUGAUAUCUUGUUUUAUUUAUGGACAAUUUAAUACAACUGAAUAUACUAAAAUAUUCAAAAAAUAGUUUCCUUGAAGUUUUUAAAAGCAUAUAAAUAUCACAUAUGAAUUUAAUUUUUUUUUUAUUUUAUUUUACAGAAAUUCAAUUUUUUUUAAAGAGAAAAUUAUACAAUUUAGUGUAUACAUUUUGUGUUUGUGAUUUGUCUUCCAUGUUUAUAGUAAUGUAUACUCCUUAGGCUAUCACCAUCUGGCAAUAUCUUAUUCACCUUGCAAUAGAAAAGUUUUAAAAAAUAUUUCCACAACUUUGUUGACCUAAAAAUACACUUUGAAAAUCUUGGUCAUACAGGGACUUGAUAGAGACUUCACGCUUUUGAAACAAAUGACGGAAACAUGUAAAGCUUGACCCUUAUGUCACCAAGAAAGAUCUGUAUAGAAAAGUUAGCAAGAGUAGUUUCCACAGAGAAAACUUGAGCAAAUCCAUCUAAUUUUUAAUAAUAUGUUUUGAAAUCUUUUUAAUCAUAUCUAUAUAUAAUAGUCCCACUUUACCUCAAAAUCCCAAACUUAAAAAUCCCAGUCAUCAUCAGAAAUCAAACCCCGGAUUCGCGGUUCAGAAGCCAAGCACUUUACCACUCAGCCACCGCGCCUCCAUAUAUAUAUAUAAAUAAGUGUGUGUGUGUGCUGGUAAUUGAAAUAGAAAACAAGAAAAUUUUAAUAAUUUUGCUUUAUACCACUUUUUAAAAUUUCACAGGUUUUAUAAUAUUAUAUUAUAGUUAUAUUAUUAUUUAUUAUAGUUGUUACAGUGAAUCAUUGAUAGUGUUAUAGGAAAAUUUCCAUUGCACUGGUAUUAUUCUGUGCUGUUCAUGUGGAUAACUAGAUAACAUUGCUGUAUAAUAAAGCCUGCUGUAUAUGAAUAAACAUUUGCAAAUAUGUUUCUGUUCUACGAGAAUAUAGGCUGAUAGAUGAUGUAUUUAUUUCUUGUAUGUUGAUUCUUUUAUUACAAAAUAAAUACAUUAUGAUUUUAACUUUUUUAUCAAUUGGCCCUAAUAAUUAUUGACAUUUUUAUUUUUUUUAUACAAAGAUGAAUAACAAUCGUUUGUAUGAGUGCAAGUGGGAUGAGAGGAAAUAAUGGAGCCUUGUUAAGUUGAUAUUAAUGUGUGAAUAGUUGUUAUUUUGGUUUAACUUGUUUGUUAAUUGUGACAAAAUGUUGAUGGUUAAAAAGGUUAUAAGAACUAAGGGUAAAAAGAGCCCAUAAGGUUCAAAAUCUUGUGAGCUCUUUGGUCUAGGAAUUUUUUUAAAAAGUUGUUUGUUCAUUAGAUUUAUUUGUGUAUUCAAGGGUGUGUUCUUCUUGUGUGUUAAUGGGCAGUGCCAAUGAUAAGCACAUAACUGUUUGUGCUACCUAGUUAUAGGUAUAAUCCCCAAAAAUUAAAAUGAUAUUAUAAGAAUUUUGUUAUUAGCAUUGGUUACCUUAGUCGCAGAUGAAUGUUUUCUCAUUUUCUUUGCAAAAUUUUGUUACAGCCUUCUAAUACCUUGUUUAACACAAGAGACACCUAGUGCGCUUAAUAAAUAAUAGAAAAAGUCCUCCUUUUGGACUAUGCGGUCAAUGGGGCAGAUGAUGUAAAGGUCAUCUGUUCAUGUGGCCAAUGGUUAACAAGGCUGUCAUGUGGCCAGCACAACGACCAUCUGCCUUUACUUUUCCCCAACUAAUGUCAUGUAUUCAUUAGAAAUAAGUGUUCUCAGAGCUGUCUUAAGAUCCUGAAAUUAAUGUCUUCACCAGGAUUCGAACCCGGGAAGCACUUUAUCACUCAGCCUCUUUGAUAAAUAAUACCACACUAUAGACAAAAAAGUAGGUAAACCAAGAAAUACGACACACCUAUAACGAUGUCUAUUUGUUUAGAUAGCAUCAUACUAUGUGCUUAAUGUCACCCACCAGGGAAAAUUUCCUCCUCAGAACUACCUGAUUCAGAUUCAGAUGUCCUUAAGGUCCGAGAACUUCCGGUUCCCUUUUAUGGACCUCUGACCAAGGAAAGGCUUUUAUCCAUGGCCAGGAUGAGACAUUGGCUCUUCACCUAUCUUACAGCGCCCCUGCUCCUUCCUUGACUUCGUCUGUCUACAAAGUGUGGUCUAGAUCCUGGUGUAUGCUUUGUAGUUUCAGUAAGAGUGUCUUUAUUCUAGUGUAAUAUUUAUGCUUAGGAUCUGUACAAGUUCAACUAGUCGGCAAAUGUUACUCUCUGUGUUUGAUAGGUCCACAUUUUAAGUAGACAUGUAGGCCUACUGCUGCCAUGACGUCCUUCUGUCUAUUCCAUUUUGAAAGAAGUUGUUGCAAACGUCCUAUCCUAGUGUGUCCUGUUUAUUAUUUUCUGUUUGAUUUGAUGGUGAGAGAAAUAAAACUAUUUUACACAUA